CACAGCAACUGGACGCCUAGACCCCUGAGCUCGGUCUUGGCUCAUUAGGUCUGGCUGUAUUCCGCACGUUAUUGCUUGGGGGCCCUGGAUGUGUUCGUGUUAGGUUGAGAUGAGAAGGACGUGCUAUGUCGCUAGUUUAUUGCCAGGAGGGACCACAACCUGUACUUGUACGUAUGGUGUCCUGUGCGGGAAAAAUGCUUCCUGGUCCAAGACAUGUGGGCAAUUGGGAACCGAGACUCGGCCAGCGGUGAAGCGGAACCUUGCUGAUGCUGAUCAUAGCCAUGGUGACGCAACAACGCAGGCUGCCGAGCCGGCUGGGCCAGAAUUGAGGAGGCUGGACACUGGAUGCUGGAUGCUGGAUGCUGGGUGGAUGCUGGGAAGCACGAUGUCCAAACACGGCGACAACAGAGUUCGCGGCUGCAGCUGCAAUGUGCUUUGCAGAGGUGGUACCGAGUCCCAGCUUAGGCCGAUAUUGCGUGUUGGUAUGUGGCCUCUGAUACUCUGCGAUUUUGGCACGCCCUCCUCUUCGCCAAAGGUCCAAACGCAGCCCACCAUCCGGCCGUAGCGCCUCGUUUUCAUCUGCGACCUGGCUGACACCGCGUACACUAAAUAAUGCACUUG